AUGAAAACUUCUUAUGGCAGAAGCAAGCAUUGUGACUCUUCAAAGAAAACUGUUAAAGAAAGGAACGAAAUAUUUUCAAAUUUGAGCAAAGCUGCAGGCUUAGCAGCCACGAUUUCAGCAAUGAAAUCAGCAAUUGCUUUUUUUAGCAGAUCUCAAUGA